UGCAUGUAGGACAGCGAACGUUAAGUUGAAUACGGAAGAAAUAUUGUUGUUGUUGUUGUUGUUAGUCCUUGUGACGCGGGUUUAAGUUAUUAUUUGGGCUAAAAAAUGAGCGACGAACUGGCGGAAACAUCGAGCUGAGUUUUUAAUUUGACUGAAGAAAAAUGGAGGCGAGGUUCGGCAGCGAAGUCGCGUCAAUCGUGGAAGUCGCGAUCCGGUCGACCGUGUCUGUUUUCAGGGAUGUUUGGGCGAAAGAGGCGCCAAACGCGCAGUGGGAAGAGGCGAAGUUCAGCCAAGUCCAGGACAUAGAGAAGUGUCUGGUGGUUCAGAUCCACAAAGUGUUCACGGAGUGCUCCUCGGAGCUGUUCGAAGAGAACGAAGCUCUGCGGGCCAGAGUGGAGCAUCUGGAGGAUGUGCUGCAGAGGAAAGCCGGGCAGCUGGAGCAGGAGCUGGAGGCCAGAGUGGGCCAGCUGGUCAGAGAGAUGGAGCAGCUGGAGAAGGAUCUGAAGAGCAUCAGUGGAGGCGGCAGCAAGGCCCAGGAAGGCCCGACCCACAUCGUGCUGCAGGACGGCUCACUGAUGGGAGCACCAGUGUUGUCCGUCUCCACCAACCCUGCUACCCCCCUGGUUGCUGGAAAGGAAUCCGCCUCGAACCCUCCACCGGUUCCGGCAGGAAGCGCAGAAGCCGUUCUCAGCUCCACAACUGUAUCUGCGACUGUCCCUGAACCUGCAGCAGCCCCCGUGAUGUUUGUGGGCAGAGUCAGCUCUGCUCCCACGAUGCUGCUGGUGGGUGCCGGCCAAGUCGUCACCCAGCCCCCCGCGCCGUCGACGGCGACACAGCUGAUCCUCAAACAGGCAGCCUCGCUUGGGUCUACACCUAAAGACGUCCCCGGUCCAGAGUCCAGCAGCGGCAGUGGCGUAGGCUCAGCACAGGAAAAGAAAUCUGUGGAAGAGGCACCUCCAGGGAGACCGAGGAGGACCAGGAGAGCAACUUCUAAAGCCGAAGAGGUUUCCACUGACAACAGCACUGAAGAGAAACAAAGCAAGUCAGCUGGAGUGCAGGGAAGACGGCCUAAAAAGAAAGAGGCACAGGCAGUGAAGCGGUUCUCCUGCGAGCACUGCAACGACACUUUUCACUGGAAAGGUGAAUUAAAGAAACACAUGAAGGUCCACAAGGAGCCGUUUCCUUGUGAGCAGUGCGGCAGAAGUUUCCUUGAAAAGAAGUCUCUGGAGAAUCACCUUUUGCGUCACGAGGCGAGUAAAGCCCCGUUGCCCUUCCCCUGUCCCCGCUGUAAACGAUCGUACCGGAAAGAGCAGUCGCUUCAGAACCACCUCAAGCGUCACCAGCGGUCGAAACCACCGAAGCCGUUCGCCUGCGAUCAGUGUGGGAAAACAUUCAGAAUUAAACAGUCUCUGGAAAACCACCUCUUACGCCACGAGAAGUGGAAGCAGAUGCUAAAGUGCCAGCUGUGCGACAAGACUUUCAAGUCGUCGGUCCAGCUGAAAUAUCACGUCGCCGUGCACUCGGAAGAAAGACCGUACAGCUGUGCAACAUGUGGGAAGGAGUUCAAGAGGAAAGACACCCUUCGCUUCCAUCAGAUGGUUCACACGAACACCAAAAAAUACAAAUGCACAAUGUGCGAGGAGACUUUCAAAUAUGCCCACUCGCUGACCGUGCAUAAGAGGAAACACACAGGCGUCACUCCGUUCAUAUGCACUCUGUGCAACAGGUCGUACAGGACCGGCACGGCUCUGAAAAGACACAGCGUGGUCCACACCGGGGAGAAACCCUUCACCUGCCACAUAUGUGGAGCGAGGUUCAGCCUGAAUAACAACCUCAAGAGGCACCUUCGUAUUCACACGGGAGAGAAGCCGUUCACCUGCCAGGAGUGCGGCAAGAGCUUCUCAGACAACAACAAGCUCAAGUCCCACAUGCUCAUCCACGGCGCCAGAAAGCCGUUCAUGUGCGACCUGUGCGGGAAGACCUUCCUCUUCAACUGCAGGCUGCUGAUCCAUCAGAGGUACGUGCACGCCGACCAGAACGAGGAAACGGACGGCACGCAAAGGUUUUUCCAGACUAGAAAGAGAAACAAGUCUUCGGUUAAACCGUUCAGUUGCAAAAUAUGUCUGAAAGGUUUCAGCACGGCGAGCUCUCUCAAACUUCAUGAAAGAGGCCACAGCGAGCAGAAGGAGUUCAACUGCAGCACGUGUGGGAAGUCUUUCCAUAACAAAUACUCUUUCGGGUAUCAUCAGAGAAGCCACGUUGGGGAGAAGCCCUUCGUUUGUGACGUGUGCGGGAAGAGAUUUUUCCACGCCGGCAGUCUGAAGCAGCACGAGCGAAUUCACACCGGUGAGAAACCGUACAAGUGCGACCAGUGCGGCAAGGCCUUCAGAACCGACGGCAACUUCUACCGGCACCUGCGCAUCCACACGGGAGAGAAGCCUUUUGAGUGUUUGUACUGUCACAGGAAGUUCCACCAGUCCAAUCAGCUCAAGUCGCACCUGCAGGUCCACACCGGACAGAAGCUGUACUCGUGCCAGCAGUGUGGCCGCGGCUUCUCCGAUUCAAGGCAGCUCAAGAAGCACAGCUGUGACGGCCCGUAGGCGGCGUGACGCUGAGGGCGUUCUCCAGCGGGACGCUCAGCUCACCAACACACAGGAGACGUUGGGUUGGUCUCGUGAAGUCCUGAAUCAAACAGACGUGUGUCGUGUUGUGUUUGGUGCAGUUUACUCACCAAACUGCAGUUUCCAGUCCUGAAAGUCUGGUCAAUCGUUGUGACCAUGAAGUAAAAAUUGCUUGUGAAAGCUUCACAGUGACAAAGGGAAGCUGGUUCGUCUUCAUAUUCUAAACUUUGAGCUUUUGUUUUGGCUCUCACUUUGCAUUUCUCUUGAUAUUAACGCAUUAAUCAGGAGUAAUAAUACUGUCAUUGAUAAAGCCACAGCUCUACUCUCCUUCAGAGUAUUCACAGUAGAGGUUAGCAGCGCUGCUAUAGUUGCUGGUUUUGCUUUGUUUUGUUUUGCUUCAAUAACCUCAGCUAUUAAAACACAAAUGCUUCUGUUUGCCUUCAUAAAACAUGGAGACCAGUCAGAAAUCACAAAGUUGUCCACCUGAAACCCAAAACAGAUACUGAGUGUAAGAUAACCUGUAAAUGUCUUAAAGAUGAUAAAUAAAACAAAGCUGCUGGUUUCAUGAUGUGAAGCUGUGUGUUAGGACUUAGUUUUAGUCGCUGAAAAUUACUCUUGUUCACCAGCUGAGUUGAUAUUAGCGUGAAAAUUAAGGAUUUUUUUGCCAGCUGUUUUCUAUUUAUGUUUUGUGAUUUCUUAGUAAUUAGAUAUAAUGCCAUUAAGAUAAGAGAAUUAUUUACAAACUGAACUGAUGAAGUGACUUUCAAAUGCACAGUUCUGUAUAUGUCACUGUAUAUUUUCGUUUGUUAUUGCAAUUAAAAAGGAUUUGCA